CCACGCAGAGCGGAGCGGCGUCCGAGAACCACAGGCUCUAGCAGUUCAGCUACACACUCCUGAGGUUUUUGUUAGGGUUAGUCCGGUCGUGGAAAAGGCUUGUCAGGACCCGGAUUUAUUAUUGCCGAGAAGUGGGAGCGGUGUCGGCGAGGAGACGUUCGGUGAGGGAAACUGACUGCAGCCAGAAAUUGUGGAACUGCUUGAAGCAGUAAGGAGCUGAAACCCUCGGCGUAAGAAGAUCGGAGGAAACAGGGAGCCAUAGCCUGGUAGACUCCAGCAGUAGGUGCUCUCUGCUCCAUCAUCUGGAAGACCAAGGCUGCCAGCGCUCCUGCUGCCUGAUUUAUUGCACAGUGCAGUUUUCACCAUUGUUCUUCUCCAGUCCCUUCCUGUACGUCGUAGUUUCAUGGAGGGGUUUCCUGUGCACUGACCUAGCAAGCUGCCCUCUGGACCAGCAGCCAUGUCAGCUUGCAGCACCUUCACCGAGCAUGUGUGGAAGCCCGGCGAGUGCAAGAACUGCUUUAAACCAAAGAGUCUGCACUGUUUGACUCAGAGCAGUGGGGGGAAGCCCCCUUCUGAGCAGAGGCCGCCGUCAAGCCAGCAACAAAAUCCACUUCCUGCUGUGACCAGAGCUAACCCUAACCUCACCGCCAACUCCCAACGGGCGGGGGGUGGAUCUGCACGUUCAGGACACAUCCGUCCUCCGGUGGCCAAGAAGCCAACCAUUGCUGUUAAGCCCACUAUGAUGCUGCCCAGUUUAUCUGCUGUACUGGAUUCAGAUGGCAACUUGCAGCAGCAAACAAAUGUAAUAAAACAAGGUAAAACAUCAGCCUUUACUGCCUGGAACCGCAAUGGUCUGAACUGUAAGAGCUCUGGUGGGCCCAACAAUAACAAUGAAGGAGAGGAUGACAGUGAGGAAAUAGAGGGUUAUGGACAACUCAGCCCAAGGACACCCAGUGGAAAUAAUAACAACAGCGGACUGACAGAUGUCCUUAAAGAGAUUGCUGGGUUGGGCCCUGGCUCUAGUCCCACACCUCUGUCCGGUUCCAAAAACCUAUUUUGGGGGCGAAUCAGUAGCUCAUAUCGAAGGUCCCUGGAAAGAGGCCUUCCAGCUUCCAGCUGUCUGGCUAUAGGAAGCAGCAGCAGUGAUUGUGGCGCUCAGAAACGGGUAUCACUUAAUGAAUGUACCAAGAUCAUCAGCUCAGAGGGCGGGCGCUUCUGCUACCCAGAGUUUUCCAGUGAGGAUGAAGAUGAUGAUGAUGAUAAAGAGGAAGAGGAGGCCGAAACUGAGAGGGAUGACGAGGAGCAUGAGAGCUGGGAUGAAAGUGACGAAGAAUUACUUGCGAUGGAAAUCCGUAUGCGAGGCCAGCCACGAUUUGCAAAUUUCCGUGCCGCCACCUUGUCUCCGGUGCCCUUUGCAGCAGGGAAAAAAUGGAAUACCGUGCCUCUUCGCAACCGCUCAUUACAGAGAAUUUGUGCAGUGGACUAUGAUGAUAGCUAUGAUGAAAUCUUGAAUGGAUACCCCUCUAAUGGAAGCCUUCUUCCCUAUGGACCUCGAGAGACACAAAGUAGUGCUUUUCUCUCAAACUCGGAGUCUACAACCUCUCCAGAAUCAUCAUCAUCGCUGCAAGAAGAUAGUCAAACUAUUUCCAGCAGUGAAAGCAGUGUCUUUAAAAAUGGCUUGCAUUCACCCACAUCUCCUAAGGCGCCUGUCCUGUGUACAAUCCCCCCAAACAAGGAGUCUCCCAAGGUGGCUGAGACCCACAAGGCAGUGCUAGCAAUUAGAUUAGAGGAGCAGGAUGGUAGAGAAGGGAUGCCAAUGCCUCAGGCCCUUCCUGGACAACCAGUUACUAUAAGUUUUAGCCCUACAGAGGAGCAGGCUAAACCAUACCGCAUAGUAAAUUUGGAAAAAUCCCUCAUUUGUAAGCCUUACACUGUGGUGGAUGUCUCAGCAUCCAUGGCCAGUAAAGAUGAACAAAAACAAGAUUUGUUGCCACGAACCAAAAACCUGCCAAAACCUUCUUGUCUUACAUCAUUCUGUGGCACUUCUUUGGUCCAGCCCCUCUUUCCGGUGUCUCCCCUUUCCCCAUCUUCUCCUUCAAAGUCAGUAUCACCUUCAUCUAUCGCUCUGUCACAAAGGAAAACCGGCCAAAUACGAUACCAAGAAGUAUGGACCUCUAGCACAAGUCCGCGCCAGAAGAUACCUAGAGUGGAUCCAGGGUUUGGAAGUAAUUCUGGCCAAGGCAUUACUCCUCAGUUUUGCAGUCACAAGUCAGCUCCCACAUCUCCGAUUGCAGGGUUGUCAUCCUCUCGAACUGUACCCGUAAAAUCUCCAAAUUUAUCAGAGAUAAAGUUUAACAGUUUCAAUAACGCCGGCAUGCCUCCUUUUCCUAUUAUUAUCCGAGAUGAACCAGCCUAUGCCCGCAGCUCUAAGAAGGCAGUCAAGGUACCCAUUGUAAUCAAUCCAUGUGCGUAUGACAAUCUCGCAGUGUACAAGAGCUUCUUGGGCCUCCACGGUGAGCAGUCGCAGACAAAAGGGGGUGGCGGUAGGGUUACCAGCCAUACCUACGAAGAGAUUGGUUCUUCCGAAAGUGUCCAGUCCUCCUCGACAGAGAAAACACUUUCUGGGAGAGGGACAUCAGAGCAAGUUUCAUUUGAGGAGAUAAAACUUCCACUUGAAGUAGUGCCAAGUUUGCAGGUUAGAACCACUACAGAUUCAAGUUCUGUAACAAGCACUGUAAUGAGCUCUGCAUCUGGGGCCCUCUCUCCCACUGCAGCAACAUUUUCUUCUGCCAGUCUUGCCAUUACUGCAAAUCUAACUAAAACCAGCUCUGCUGCUAAUGCUGUUACACAGACGUAUAAGAUAAGUGGAGAUGAUGAUAGAGGCUCAACUUCACCUUCUGGGACAGGUGGAAGUCACAGAGAGAAGGCCAGCGCUGUGCUAUCACAGAUUGUAGCAUCUAUCCAGCCUCCUCAAUCUCCUCCAGAGUCCCCCUCAGCACAAACUAAAAGCUUCAACUCUGAGGAGUUAUAUGCCCUCCCUCCUGAUGCCAUGAAGGAGAACUUUACACGACCCAAGUCUCUGUUUUCCACCACUGACGGCUGUCUUUCCAAGCCAAAAAAGGAAAACCCCUCUAAGGUUUUGUCAAAAUCCCAGAGUGUCUCUGCUGCUGUCCCACACGCCAGUUCCCGAUCAGAGCCCAGUGCCCCCUACCCACCACUGAGAUCCACAUCCUCCCCUUAUCAUGCUUCUAACAUACUUCAGAGACAUUUUGCCAACUGGACAAAGAGCUCUGCCUCCAGCUCCCCAGCGCGGCCUGGUGAAGGCGAAUCGAGCCCUGGUGGGGAGGGGAGGCGGAUUUCAGCUGAGACUUCCAAACCUAAAAGGUGGAUCUCCUUUAAGAGCUUUUUUCGCCGGCGGAAAGACGAGGAUGAUCAACGAGAGAAGGCAGAGAAAGACAAGGAGAAGGGCAAGCUGGUCGGGCUAGAUGGAACUGUCAUUCACGUUCUUCCACCGCCGCCUGCCCAGCAUCAGCACUGGUUCACAGAGGCCAAACCUGAGGAUCCCACCCAGAAACCUACCAUUGUUUUUACAUACAAACCAGACACUGGUAGCAGCCCUGGUGAUGGGGAUGGAGAGCUGUGCAUAGAACAGUGCAGAGAAACCGAUCUGCUGACAGAAGAGAGCAGGGACUCUGAACCUUCGAGCCCAGGGCAAACGGCACCGUCAGACAUCGCUGGAGGAGAUUCCCGCAGCAAAGACCUCAGCCAGGUACCAGUCAGCCAUGCCAGGAACCGAGAACUGCCUAAGGUCAUCCCUCUGCCUGCCAGAGUGAAUCUGGGACUGGUGUUUGGGGACCCCCAUGAUGGCCAUGCCAACCAGGCCGACCCCCCAGUCGCUGCCAGCGAGGGCAGUGCCAGCCUCAGAGAGCCGGAGGAAGAUGGAAAUCACUCUCAUCUUUCCCACUCUCCUGCCUCCAGCCGGUGCAGCGCCACCUACAGCAACCUAGGUCAUUCAAGAGCCAAUAUGAUCCCACUGAAACAGCCACGGAACCUCAAAGCCUCCAAUGACACUUUGUCCUCUAUGGACCUUGACGGCUCCAUGGACCAGCCAGCUCCUAAAGCCACACCACCACCGCUGCCCAAGAAAGUUGUCCCACGCUCCAGCACUGAACCCACCCUUGGGGUUAAAGAGCCCACCCAGGGAGCCCUCAAACCCCGGGCAGAGGCUAAACCAGGGGGCACCAACCUAAGUGUGGCCAACCCUCUGUAUGACUUGGACUCCACCUGGGAGACAGCUAGCCAGAGCUCCUCUCUCAGCUCUGAGCCACAUCGAGCCCAUGACCAUGAGAGUGGUGACUCUUUGGAGAGGUCGUCUGCUACUGCAGCCACAAGCAAGGGUUGCCUGACUAACAGCGUGUCCUCCCUCAACCCCCAGCUUGCCGCAGCCGCACCUGUUACUACCUCUGGCAGGGACAAGAGGGUCUUCCUAAGCACAGAGUCACUGGGUGGGAGGGGUUGGACUGCUGGCCAAGGAACCGCUGGCGGAGGUGCCUCCAAACCACACAGACCGGCUCUUUACAGGGGGUUGGACAGCUGGGAUGAGGUGGUGGGGAAGAUCCGGGGACUUCACACAGACACUCUACGGAAGUUGGCGUCCAAAUGUGAGGACCGCUUCAUGGCUGGCCAGAAGGACCACCUGCGAUUUGGCACUGACAGCUGGUCCCACUUCAGGUUGACCACCGGCAAACCGUGCUGCGAGGCAGGGGACGCUGUCUAUUACACUGCCUCUUACGCCAAGGACCUACUGGUCAACUACGCAAUCAAGAUCUGCCGGAGCCAUGUGAAGGAGACACAGCAGCAGUUCUUCCACAGCCUUGCUGUCCGACAAAGCCUGCCAGUGCACUUCAACAUUCAGCAGGACUGUGGACACUUCCUGGCUGAUGUCCCCACCCGACUGCUGCCUUGGGAAGAAGAGGAGGGAGAAGAUGAAGAGGAAAGAAAUGAGAACGAUGAAAGACAGAAAGAGAAAGGAGUUCAGUUGGACACAAAACUACCAGAGUCUGAAGCAUCAAACAGUAAAUCAGGUGAGAUCCCAGCAGCAGGAAACAUGAACACGGCAGGCCACCUGAGGAGCCGAGUGGUGGUCAUCACACGAGAGGUGCCCUUCCAGACGGUGGCAGACUUCGUCAGAGAAGGCGUUGCCCGGCACACUCAUAACCCCGAGCUUUACGAACGCCAGGUGUGCAUCCUGCUGCUGCAGCUGUGCGCCGGCCUGGAGCACAUGAAGCCCUACCAUGUGACCCACUGCGACCUACGGCUGGAGAACCUCCUGAUGGUCCAGUGCCAGCCAGGAAACCCCUGGAACCUGGACAUACUCGAGCCCAACAACAACAGUAGCAGCAACAGCGCAGGGGCGUCAGCUGCCAGCAGUGCUGCCAGCACCACUUGCCCCGCCCGCCUCAUCAUUAGCAACUUUUCUCAAGCCAAACAGAAGAGCAGCCUCAUGGCCGCCAACCCCGGAACGCUGCGUGACCAGUCGAGGCUGGCGCCUGAGAUCAUCACAGCUACGCAGUACCGCAAGUGUGACGAGUUCCAGACGGGGAUUCUCAUCUACGAGAUGUUGCACAGACCCAACCCGUUCGAGGAGACGCCAGACCUAAAGGAGCGAGAGUACACCUGGGCGGACCUGCCGCCCCUCCCCAUCAGGUCACUCUAUUCCCAGGGACUCCAGCAGCUGGCGAGGUUGCUGCUAACCGUCAACCCGUCGGAGCGGAUCCAGAUGUCCGAGGCACGAGCCUGUCUGCAGUGCCUCCUGUGGGGCCCCCGGGAAGACCUGUUUCAGGCGCUUGGGUGCGGUAGUACGGGCCCCAUGUCAGGGGCCACUGCGAGCCAGCGAGAAGCCACCCUACAGAACUGGCUAGACCUGAAACGGACUCUGAUGAUGAUUAAGUUUGCGGAACGCUCGAUGGACACGGCGUGCAGCGUAAGCCUAGAGGACUGGCUCUGCUGCCAGUACCUGGCGUUUGCCACCACAGACAGCCUAAGCCGUGUAGUCCACAUCCUGCAGCAGACGGCCCAGUCCCACAACCAGAAUCAAACUCAAACACAACCAGUGCACACACACAUCCUGACUCAGUCGCAGCAUCUCUGAGCUGCUCUACCCAGUUGUUACUAUAGCAACACCUCCAACUUCCCUCUCUGUACCCUCCUAGCUGCUGGUGAAGUGUGAUGUAAGCUAAUAAUGAGCCGCCGCAGUGCUCACCGAACACUGAGCAGUCUGUUUUCCUCAUCAGGGCACACAGCGAGAGAAAGGGUCUCAUCAAGCAAACGGCAUGAGCUCAUGAUUAGUGCUGCUGAAAUCCCAUGACUGCAAUGUUCUUAAAUCAAUCAAAAACAAGCUGAAGCACAGGAGUUCGCUGUAGUCCCUCUGAUCAGCAGCUUCCUCACCAUCACAGUCCAUGUGCUUCUUAUACUCCUCUCAACCGAGAGUCAACAACUUACCAAACAUGUCAGGAGUUCUCCAGAGGUUUUACCCAUCGGGUUCCUUCAUUAUCUGCAAAGAUGUUAUCAAAUGUUCACAGAAACACAACAGCGAGAAUUAGGUUAAAAGGAAACAUGAGAAUUAUUUAUAAUAUUCAAACAUCGCAUAUUUUUUAACAGUUUGUUCUACAGAAUUUUUCGGGCUAAAACUAAAGAUUAUUUAAAAUUUUAUAAAAAUUAAGAAAUCUGAUUUUGUUGGAAUCUUUGAACUCAAACGGAUGAAGAAAAGAUCAUUCAUUUCCACUGAAGCCAAAGAGUAGACACCAGUUGCCCACUAAAAGAAUAUAUGACAGAAUGUUUAGCUAGAGAUGCAACAGUCGGAAUCUUGUGGGUUUCAGAUCUGGUUUUUGUAAAGCUUUCUACUCCUGAUAAUGAAUUUAGCUGAAUAUAAGAAGUAAUGAGAACAGCACUGAAAAAUUUCUUUCAACCUUCCUGCCUUGAGCACUCCAUAAUUAUUGAUAUUAGAAGUAACGGUGACGUCACACUGUGUGUGUUUCAGAGAGCAGUUGCUGUUUUAUUAAUUAAAAAGAAAUGAUUACAGAGUUGACUUUUUAAACUGGCUUUAGCAUCUGAUAUUGGUGUUUAGCAGGGUUGGUGCAGUUUGCGUUAGAAAAACAGACAGAAGGCAACAUGUGAAUAUCCUGGAGAAAAACACGCUCGCCUUCCAAAAGCCUGACAGCCUGAUUCAUCCAGAUUAAAAGAACAAAAAGUAUGAAACUGCGGAACUUUGCUGUACUAUUUUCAGCCUGUUUGUUGUGUGCUUGAAGUCUUGCUCUCUCUCACACUCUCACAGCCAGAAAGAAACAUAGAUCUGCCUCGACAUGUUGUAGAAAGUAAGUAGCUUACAUCUCUGUGCUUCCUCUGAAUUCAGCUGUUAACACCUCUCUAAAACUGAAAAUAUCCAAGUUCAGUCAGUAAAAUGGCAUUGUUACCGUCCUGAGAGUGACUGACCGACUGUUCAGUCAAGCCAAAACUCAUCUGAUUAUGAUCUCUAGUUUUAACAGGAUUGUUACAUUUCCUCCAAAUGCACAGCAAUGCAGUGCAGGUCAUUAUGUUGCAGAUUAACCCUAACGUUUGUAUCACUCCACAUCUUUUAUCGUUGUUGUUUAAAAAAAAAAAAAAAAAAGUAAAGGUUACUCUGCAGUUGAAUUGAUUUGCUUCACAUACUUUAUGAUCACUGAGAUGAAACGGGGACACACCUGUUCCUGGCUGCAAGUCUGACCCCUCAAUAUUUGUGCAUAGAAUUGUUUUAUUACAAUGUUUAUAAUGUUUUAUUACAAUUUACUCCUCUAUUAGUUUUGUGGCACAUAAACCGUUUUAAUUUCAGUCCUGCAACUUUGGAAAAAAACAAAAACAACAAGUGGAUUUCAUAAUGACCAGCUUUUUCCAUUGUGUGAAAUGUUUCAUGGACUGCAAAAAGCGAUCUUUUAUUUUUUUUGUCUUGUUUUUGUCAAGUUCUUACGGACAUUUCUCAGCUACGGAUGAUAUUUGCACAUUGUGUCAGAGCGGCAGCAUCUCUCUGUCGACACCUGAGGUCAUAAUGAGACAGAGGACUGAGAAAAGUUGUGAAUUGGAAGAUCUGGCUGUGUUUAUUUGGACUGAGUUAUACAUUUGGACUUGGUCUCGCAUCCUCCUACUGAACUGCAUUUUUUCUUUUUUUUUACAUUUAAACAGUAUCGAAAGGUAGGAUAAAAAAGAAACACUCAACCACUAAGGCAUGUUUCCUAUCCUGUAGAUGUAAUCCAUUCAAUCCUGAAGUAAAUCCUGCUCGUCAGUCAGAGAUCUGUGUUAUUGAUCGCAGCCUUUUGGCUUCGAGACGGUGGAAUCAAUGCAGGUACACGAGUCCCCGAUCCGCCAUUCAGAGUUUUAAUUUGAACUAACACAACGAGUAACACCUUUAAGUCAGAUUUAAUACUUUCUUCAUACGUUUACUUGAUUUUCCUCUGGUUUAUUUUACAGUAUAAAAAAACACUGCAACAGAUGUUUUGAUUAGGGUUCAUUGCCUGCAAAUGUAUAGUAGAAACUUAAUGGUCCACAAAAUGAAAAGGAGACAAAGUAGGAGUGAGUGUAAUACUGCAGUAGAGUAUGGUGAGGAAUGUGUGUGGGACAGCACUGGUGGCUGGCCGCCUUUAUAUAGUAAAAAAGAUCAAUUUAACCUUUAUCUAUUUUAAUCUACACACUAUUUUGUUGAGUACAGAGCACCUCUAUUUCUUUUUAGAAUCUAAUAGUCAUUUAUUCAUUGAUGCUUUACUUGACUUUAUUUCUUCUCGCAUGUUCUGGAGGAAGAAUAAAGUGAGUAGUUAUCACUGUCCUACUCAAACAAAUGAUCAGAGAAGAUCUUCGUUUUCACGUGUAUUAACACACAGAACAGUGUAUUUUACUGCUUGUGUGAGUUUGCCUAAUAAGGAGAACAACCACUUUGGCCGAAAGACGUCUUUUAAAACCAGCUUUCAACAAAUCCCGAUGAUGCAUCAGACAUCUUCUUGCUGUCAUCUGUGCCGGUAAAUGCCACUAAGUUUAAAUGAAGAACAGGAGCUCUGUAAAGCUUUCUGUGAUGACGUGUAGAGUAUGCCCUCUGGCUUCAUCGCCAUUAAUUGUUGAACAAGUUAGCCAACUGUAACAGAACAAUAAAUAUAUGUUUUUAUACAUACAAA